CUCAAUCCCUUCUCGCAGCCUGGACCACGUCUCCCUUCCCACUCAUCCUCCUUCAACGUUUGCAUCAACAAGCAACUCUCUCAGUUCCUCUCUAUUUCCAUAUCCUCGAUCGUUGUUCACGAUCUAGCUUGCGAUACCUACCCUUUUCACAGCAUCUGCGACCGUUAUCGUCGCGUCAGUUCUGUACACAAACCCUCGCAGCCUAAACUCACGACCGUCAACAUGGCCACCGAAGAAGAUCUCAUCGAUUACUCCGAUGAGGAGCUCGGAACCAACGACGCAGCACCUGCAGCCGGCGCAAACGGUGGCGCAAAGAAGGGAGAGUUGGCAGUCUCGGGAGGUACAACCGACAAGAAAGGUUCCUACGUCGGCAUCCACUCCACUGGUUUCCGAGAUUUCUUAUUGAAGCCCGAGCUUCUGCGUGCCAUUACGGAUUGCGGUUUCGAACAUCCUUCGGAGGGUCAGUCAUAACUUUCAUCCCCAAGCCCCAUCGUUGUCGUUCCACCGCGCGUCCGUCCAUCUCGCAAGCAAAAUAAAAAAUCUGGCAAUCCUGUAUCGAAUCAUGAUCGAUCCUGGAAUGUCUCUAUCGGCUGGGUGUAGACCUAGGCAAGUGGUGUGGAGAGAGAUGUUCUGCGAAAGCAGAUUUCUCAAGAUGGGUUUGAGGCUUCGGCCAAGGUUGGAAAAAAGCAUAAGGCGGCGAAGCCAAGAGACAUCCAGGAUCGGCUCGAUUUCGAGGCUUCACAUAUUUGCCUGCCUCUUUCGAGCGACGAUUUGAACCUUUAAAGGCAUCUCGCACCUCUGCGCCGAUAUUGUUUUCUUCUGGUAUGGGAUGAUGUAUCGUGGGUUCUAUAUGCGGAUGGACGGACGUUGCGAUCUUUUGCACCUACCACAUUUAUGCACUUGGAGAACACUUUGAUCUAACAUCGGCUCGAUUUACUCUACAGUUCAGCAAGUUUGUAUUCCUCAAGCAAUCCUCGGAACGGACGUUCUCUGCCAGGCCAAGUCCGGUCUUGGUAAAACCGCCAUCUUCGUCCUCACCAGUCUUCAGCAAAUCGAGCCUGUCAAUGGUGAAACAUCCGUCCUCAUCAUGUGUCACACUCGUGAGUUAGCAUACCAGAUCAAGAAUGAGUAUGCAAGAUUCAGCAAAUAUAUGCCCGAUGUCAAGACCUCUGUCUUCUAUGGUGGAACUCCCAUCCAGAAGGAUGCCGAGAUUUUGAAGAAUAAAGAUACACACCCACAUAUCAUCGUUGCCACACCCGGUCGCUUGAACGCUCUAGUCCGUGACAAGUUCCUGCGAUUGGGCAGCUGCAAAAUCUUUGUUCUGGAUGAGUGUGAUAAGAUGCUGGAUCAGAUCGAUAUGCGCCGUGAUGUUCAGGAGAUUUUCCGCGCCACACCUACUCAAAAGCAAGUCAUGAUGUUCAGCGCCACCCUUUCUCAGGAAGUUCGACCUAUCUGCAAGAAGUUCAUGCAAAACCCCCUCGAGAUCUAUGUCGACGAUGAAAAGACUCUCACACUCCAUGGUCUCAAUCAGUUCUUCAUCAAGCUCGACGAGAAGGAGAAGAACCGCAAGCUCAACGAGCUCCUUGACGAUUUACAGUUCAACCAAGCUAUCAUCUUCGUCAAGUCAACUGUGCGAGCCACGGAGUUGGAUAAGCUCUUGAAAGAGUGCAACUUCCCAUCGGUUGCAGUCCAUUCCGGUGUCAGCCAAGAGGAGAGAAUUAAGCGCUACAAGGCGUUCAAGGAUUUCCAAGAGCGUAUUUGCGUUGCCACGGACGUUUUCGGACGUGGUAUCGACAUUGAGCGCAUCAAUUUGGCCAUCAACUACGACCUCCCUGCUGAUGCUGAUUCCUAUCUUCAUCGUGUCGGUCGUGCUGGUCGGUUCGGUACCAAGGGUCUUUCGAUUUCGUUCGUGAGUAGCGAGACUGAUGAAGAGGUGUUGAAAUCGGUUGAGAAGCGCUUCGAAGCAGAUAUUCCGUACGUAGAUUAUUCCCUUCUCCGCAGAUACACAUUGCUAACGGCCUUUGUAGAGCAUUCCCUGCUGAGGGUAUCGACUCCAGUAUCUAUAUGGCCAAUUAGAGAUUUCGGGAGAUCCCCAAUCGAAGGUCUGCUUCCGGAUUCUGCUUUGGGACAAGACGCCAAAAAUGUACUCGUUCCGCUCUUCCGCUUUCUGAUUUCUGAUUUCCUUGCCCGUUAUGGUUGAGAUGCGUCGUCUUUAUGAUAUGAGCUUCUGGGUUUCUAUGCUUGCGAACUAAACGGAAAAAAAUGGAUGCUGGUGGUCGAGAUGUACCACGAUGGAGACUUUCACUUUCCAUACUGUCCAGGGCAACCGGGAUUCGAAUAUGGGAUGGACAUCAUGGGUUGAAUGGUACUGCUAGUGGGCAACAAACAGGGCAAGCAAUCAAUGAAUAGA